AUGGUCAACAAUAUGGACCCGGAGAAGAACGGCCUCCCGCCUUACAGCGACGUUCCGCUGGCCUCUGAGCCGCGGCGUUCGUCGCACCAUCAUCACCACAUGCGCUCCAAGCGCUGGCUGCGACCGAGUCGGAGCAUGAAGCUUAUCAUGCUAUGCCUCGGUUUUAUUGCCUUCGCCCAAUGGAAGCAACUCUCGUUCUUGCCCAGCAACAAACCGUCAGGCAGUCUCUCCGCCGCUCGUCUGCAACAAGACCUCGCAACUUGCGCCAAGUUGCGACACAAGCCGCAAGACCCAAUUGGUCUUGGCCGAGACAAGAACGCACGUUAUGUCGACGGACAGCGUCCCACCCUGAUUCGCAAUGCCACCAUUUGGGUUGGCGAGCCCGCCGAGGGUACGUCUCCAGAGGACGACCGCGCCGGCAAGGGAUAUUCGUGGAUCACCUCCGACGUCCUUAUCGACUACGGCCUGAUCCAAAAAGUCGAGGCCGACAUCUCUCUCGAUUCCCUUCCCAAGGACACGCAAGUCUGGGACGCCAAGGGACGCCAGCUUACCAGCGGCAUCAUCGACAUGCAUUCUCACGCUGGCGUUGGCGCUCUGCCCGAGCUCAACGGCAACCAGGACGUCAAUGAGAUGUCGAGCGACAUCACGCCGUACGUGCGCUCCAUCGAUGGCCUCAACCCUCUCGACCCCCAGAUCCAGGUCAUCAAGUCGGGCGGUGUCACUACCUCGCUGGUUUUACCGGGCUCCGGUAACAACAUUGGCGGCGAGGCCUUUGUCAUCAAGCACGCUGUCGGAAAGCCCGACGGCCGUACUGAGUUCUCGGCGGAAGACAUGUUGGCCGACCCCGACCGUAACUGGCGCUACAUGAAGAUGGCAUGCGGAGAGAAUGCGAAGCGCGUCUACGGCAAGGUUGGCCACAGCCCCUUCUCUCGUCUCGGCGAGAGCUGGGAGUUCCGCCACGCUUUUGAGCAGGCUGCAAAGCUUAUUCGGGACCAAGACGACUGGUGCGAUGCUGCCGAGAAGUAUGGCGUUAAGAGCCAGAGCCAGUACUUACCCCAGGAGCUGAAGUGGGAGAGUCUCAGCGCCGCUUUGCGCGGCCAGGUGCACAUCAACACCCACUGCUACACCAUUCCCGAUCUCGAGGCCUUCGUUGAUCACACCAACGAGUUCAAGUUCCCCGUGCGAGCAUUCCACCACGCUCACCAAACGUACUUGGUUCCCGAGAUCCUGAAGCGAACCUGGGGAGGCCGCGCGCCUGCUUCCGCGCUUUUUGCCGACAACAUGUACUACAAAUCCGAGUCCUACGUUGCGUCUGAAUAUGCUGGCAAGAUUCUCUGGGAGAACGGUCUCACGCCCGUUUACGUCAGCGACAACCCGGUGCUGAAUGCCCAGCACGUUCUUUUCGAAGCUGCCAAAGCCUACAAGUACGGUCUCCCGUACCACGCGGCUUUGGCUAGUGUUACCUCUGCUCCUGCCGAGCUUCUGGGUCUGGGACAAAGAAUCGGGAAAAUCAAGCCCGGUUUUGAUGCUGAUAUCGCCGUGUGGGACAGCGAUCCCCUCAGUGUCGGUGCUGCACCUGUGCAGGUUUGGAUUGAUGGUACCUCUCAGUUCUCUGACCCCUUUGAGCUGGACAAACCCUUGACUGGGCCCAUCUCUCCUGAUCCGGAGCUCGCAAAGACCACUGAGGAUGUCACCGAUUUGAAGGACGUGGUCUUUACUGGAGUCUCUAACGUCUGGCUGACCGGAGAAGAGCAAACGUCAAGCACUGAGUCUGUCAACGUCGUCGUCUCCAACGGCAACAUCAAGUGCAUCGGCACUUGCGCUGAAGAAGUCGCGGCAGCCAAAUCCUCGUCAAAGAAGGUCAUUGACUUAAAGAAUGGCUAUAUCACCGACUCCUUCACUGCUUUCGGCUCCAGCAUCGGUCUGAACGAGAUCGACGGCGAGAGAGAUACAGACAAUGGCAACAGCCCUGGUUUCAGCCGUGGACUCGACGGACUUGCGCUGGACAACAAGAAGCUCCAUGUUGCCCUUCGUUAUGGCGUUACCAAGGCUAUCUCAGCACCCAAAUUCGCGGGACAGGCGACGCACUCUGGAACAAGUGUGGGUUUCAACACUGGCGCACUGCACGCAUUUCAGAAGGGCGCUGUCUGGAGCGAGGACGUUGCGCUUCACCGCACUCUAACGCUGGACGCCAAACGAGGCGACAACCCGUCCAUCUCUGGUGCCAUUGGUGCACUGCGUCACACACUUCUGGAGGCUGUCGCGUCUAACGACACCGGCUCUGAUCCCUUUUCGGAGGGUGUCUACCUCAAGAAGGUCGUCAACGGCGAGCUGCCCUUGGUUCUGACCAUCCACAGCGCGGAUACCAUCAUUGCGGCGCUAAGACUGAAGUCGGCAGUGGAGGAGGCUAUUGCCGCCAAGAGCAAGUCCUCGGAAUCUUCCAAGCUGAAGGUUGCCAUCAUCGGAGGCGCAGAAUCGCAUCUGGUUGCGCCUGAGCUGGCAGCUGCCGGUGUUGGUGUUGUUCUAUCGCCUUUCCAGUCCUACUCUACCACGUGGGAUCAGAGGCGUUCUCUCACCGGCGCGCCUCUCACGAACGGCACUGCGAUUGACACCCUACUUGAUGCCGGUGUCGUGGCCGCCAUUGGACUUGAAGAAGACUGGUUGAUUCGCGAUCUGGGAUUGCUGGCUGGUAUUGCGCACAAGAACGGUGGCAGCCGGCUAAGCGAAAAGAAGGCAUUGGACCUGGUAUCCGGCAACGUCUACAAGAUUCUUGGCAUCGAAGAGCCGCAAGCCAAGGAGUCCAGACACUUUGUCGUUUACGAGGGCAGCCCGCUUGAGAUUGAAGGAAGAAUCCGUGCUGUCGGUAGUGGCCGUGAGACGGUGUCGGUUUUCGUCUAA